AUGACGCUCGUCUACGACCACACGAUCUGCGACAACCUCCCGAUCCUGGGAGUCGGCCUGAAAUACCUGGACGCCAAGUCAGGCGAGAAGGCCCCGCAUGGGGAUAUCAACAAGCUCUUCAGCCGCCAUGCGGACGUUUGUGAGAAGUUUGGCCUGCAGCUCCUACAACACCACUUCACCAUGGACCCGGACGAGAUUCUUGUCGAGACCCGCGUCGUGCCGUGUAGCAGGCCCUUGUCCAAGUCCGACGAAGAGGAGCUCAAGCCCGAGCCUUACGAAUUCGCCUUCCUUAACGCCGGUAAAACGCUGUCUACACCCGCAGAUGACUUCGAGUUCGUCAAGCAGUUCUCUGAAACGCUGAAGAAUCACGGGUUGAAUGAUAUGGGACUGAUUGCCCUGCCGCCGGGCUACAACCCCGGUGAGAAUAAUGUGAAGUUCUUCAGGUUCGAGAAGGCUUUAGGCCGAGCUAACGUCAUCUUCUUCUUGACUGCGGAUAUCUUGCUGGGGGAACACUCGCGCCUGGCGGUUUGGGCAUUCACGUCUGGUAGCAAGACGGCGGGGACGGCAGGACAUUACUUGUUCCAGUAA